GUGGUGGUGUGUGCAGCUGUUCCUUGCGCGUCCCGUCGGGUUCCCCUAGGAGCGCGAUGGCCGAGCUGUUUCCUCUAGCCGAGGAGCUGUCGUGCUCCAUCUGCCUGGAGCCCUUCAAGGAGCCCGUGACUACCCCGUGCGGCCACAACUUCUGCAGGUCAUGCCUAGAUGAGACGUGGGUCGUCCAGGGCCCGCCGUACCGGUGCCCACAGUGUCGCACCUUGUACCAGAUGCGCCCGCAGCUGCACAAGAAUACGGUGCUGUGCGCAGUGGUGGAGCAGUUCCUUCAGGCGGAGCAGGCGCGGACCCCCGUGGACGACUGGACCCCGCCUGCCCGCUCCGCCGCACCCAGCGCAGCCACCGAGGUGGCCUGCGACCACUGCCUGAAGGAGAUCGCGGUGAAGACGUGCCUCGUGUGCAUGGCCUCUUUCUGCCAGGAGCACUUGAAGCCUCACUUCGACAGUCCGGCCUUCCAGGAUCACCCCCUGCAGCUACCCGUCCGUGACCUGCUGCGCCGCAAAUGUUCCCAGCACAACCGCCUUCGGGAAUUGUUUUGUCCGGAGCAUGGCGAGUGCAUCUGCCAUAUCUGCCUGGUAGAGCACAAGACCUGCAACCCUACUCUCCUAAGCCAGGCCAGCGUCGACCUGGAGAACAAACUGAGGCAUAAACUCACCAUCAUGUACAGCCACAUCAAUGGGGCAACCAAAGCACUAGAGGACAUGAGAUCCAGGCAGCAGAGUGUGCAGGAUUCUAUGAAGAGGAAGAUGGAACAGCUGAGACAGGAAUAUAUGGAAAUGAAGGCUGUCAUCGACUCGGCAGAGACCAGCUCCACGCGCAAGCUGAAGGAGGAGGAGAAGAGAGUCUCUGGAAAGCUCGACACUAUCUACCAGGUUCUUCUCAAGAAGAAGAGUGAGAUGCAGAAGCUGAAGGCAGAGGUUGAGCUCAUCCUGGCCAAAGGGGAUGAGUUUGAGUUUCUUGAGAAAGCUGCAAAAUUGCAAGGAGAGUCAACGAAACCAGUCUUCAUCCCUAAGAUAGAUCUGGAUCAUGAUUUGAUAAAGGGAAUCUACCAGGGUGCAUUGGACCUCAAGAAUGAGCUGAAGCUCUCUGUCAAGUCGCUGCAGGAGAAGAAGGUUGAGGAGCACUGUGGCUCAGGUAACACGGGAGACCAUACAGAGUCUACAUUCAAACGCACCGGGAAGAAGAAUACACCGGAUAAGAGGACCAAGAAAAUCCCUGGUGCUGCCAGCCAUGCCUCCUGCAUUUCCUUUCCCAACAAGUUGCCCCCCUUGGAAGUUCCUGGCCAAUCACUGGAUCUGAGUGCAAUUCCCCUUGAUGCCAAACCCGAAGCCAGUGCUGCACAGCCAAACUCUGCAGCACUCAAGGCUAAGAUACUAGAAAACUUCUUAGCUAAGUCCAGAACCGAGCUUCUAGAGUAUUUUGUUAAAGUCGUCUUCGACUACAAUACUGCCCACAACAAAGUGUCUCUGGCAGACAACUACACCACUGCCUCUGUGGCCAACACCGUGCAGCACUACCGAUCCCACCCCCAGAGGUUCACCUACUGCUCUCAGGUCCUGGGGUUGCACUGCUACAAGAAAGGCAUUCACUACUGGGAGGUGGAGCUGCAGAAGAACAACUUCUGCGGGGUAGGCGUCUGCUACGGCAGCAUGGAACGGCAGGGCCCCGAGAGCCGGCUGGGACGGAACCCCAACUCAUGGUGUGUGGAGUGGUUCAACAACAAGAUCUCCGCCUGGCACAACAACGUGGAGAAGACUCUGCCCUCCACCAAGGCCACGAGAGUCGGCGUGCUGCUUAACUGUGACCACGGCUUCGUCAUUUUCUUUGCUGUCACUGAAAAGGUCUAUCUGAUGUAUAAGUUCAAGGUGGACUUCGCUGAAGCCGUGUACCCAGCCUUCUGGGUGUUCUCUGCGGGCACCAAGCUCUCUAUCUGCUCCAAGUAGUCAGGCCACUGGGCCAGCCACAGACACUUGGGCGUGCCAGUGAGUUUCGGAGACUGAUGACAAAAUGCUAUAGGAGGAACUCUCCUUUCAAGAACUUCUGAGUCCAUACCAGAUAGGAGGUUGGGUGGGGAGCUGUGGAAAGAAUAAGAGGGGAGAUUAGGUUUAGGCUCAGAAAGGGGUGGGGUGAUUUUCUUGUGGGUGGGGAAGCAUAUCUACCUCCUCAUGCCCCUGAGGGCAGGAUGACCUCCUCCCAGUGUUCUGGGAAAUCUCCAGACUGCUAGUUACUUGGGCAGAGCUUCAGAGAAUCAAAUUAUUAGUGUUCCUAUUGUCUUACAGAAAAUCUAUAGCCACUAGCCAUGUUCUUCCUCAGGUGACAGAUGUCCACCCAAUUCUGCUCUCUGAGGUAGCCUUCAGAUUUUUGUGUUUUGAUUAUGGUCUAGAUUAUUAUUAUUUUUUUUUUAAAUAAAAGCCAGGCAUAGUGGUGUAUGCCUCUUAAUCCCAGCUUUUGGGAAGUAGAAGCAGGUACAUCUUUAUGAGUUCGAGGACAGCCUGGCAUAUAUAGUGUGUUUUAGGACAGCUAAAGCUACAUAGUGCCACCUUGUCUCUGAAAAACAAACAAAAAUCCAGUUCAGUGUAUAUAUUAUCUCUUGGUGCUGGGGACUGAAUCUGUGGCUUCGAAUGUCUGCUUUACCACUGAGUUUCACCUACUCUGAAUUUCCAUAUAACCCUUCCCCCAAGGAACCUUUGUAGAUAAAGAUGCAGACCAGAGUCUGAAUCAGCCUGUGUUGAUUUUUGUCAAGGUUACCCAGACCUGGUUGAGACAAAAGUCUCACCCUCUUCAAGGGGCAAUUCUCCAGGGACAUGUUGACUAUGGCCAUGGAGUUAGAGGCCUUUCUUCUCUCUCAUUGCCUAGUCUGGGAGUGGGGGUUGAGGAGCAAAACCCUGGCUGGAUUAUGGGAGCCUGAUGGCUUUGUUCUUACCCUUAUCUUGCCUUGACAGCUGUUCCCAGCAGUAAUGUCCCCCUCCUCUGGAUUAUAGAUACUGGGCUGAUGGCUAUAAAUGCCGCCAUUUGCCCUUUGUGGCUACUGCCACAGUUAAGUGGACAGCCACACCACAUUCCCAGAGCCUACCGUCAUGCAGACGGGCUGUGUGUGGUUGCUUCAGGAACCUUGCUAGAUCCCCUAAUGGGAUAGGGGACUACCUAUGGCCUGAAGGGUCCUAAAACAGACCUGUGGGAGAUAGCUGGAUUUCUUGUUUAUCUCUAGCCACAGAUUGCAGGCCCAGUGAUGAGUCAGACCCAUCACCUGCCCUGACCCCUUCGCUCUCUUCCUUAUUUUUGAGUCAAUUCCAGAUGCUCAUGUAGAACAAACUACAGGUUAGGAAGACUUUUAAGGAUAAGGAAAAAAAAUAACAAGGAGGGUCCAGGCAGUGGCUGUUUUCUUUGUUGUCUUUCACACAGUGAAAAUAGCCCAGGCCACUAAAGGGCAGGGGUGGAUGACUGGGAUCUUUCCACCUCCUCCUGUCGUGAUGUCAAAUCCAGACAUGUGAGGAUUUGACCUCUUGUGACAGGAGUUCACCUCUCUCUUUCCUGAGUGGGGAGCUCCUGCUUCUUUUGAAGAGAGGUCACCAUAGGGAAGAUAGGCCCCUAGACCUUUCAUAUGAUGGAUAUUUGAGAACACAACACAUCUCAGGUCUUUAUGGAAUUCUAGGCUCUUAGUAUUGGCAUUCCUGACAGACUGAUCUGUGUCUUCUCCCAGAGGAAUGUUCUAUUCCCUUUAAGCAUCUUUGCAGGGGAACAUGUCUCUGUAGAUGAUAUGUGGGCUUUGAAAGGUUUCUUCCUUUCCCACACAAAUUCUUGGCAACUUCUCCCAACUUUGAAGAUGCCCGAAAACAUCUUUGCUGGUCAUGUUUUGAGCCUUGUUUGAGGCCAAAUCAGACUUGGGAACCAGGUAGGUUCAGAGCAGUGGAACGCCAAGGACUAACUCAAGAGUCCUGCUUGGGCUCUUCUGCAGAAGAGGAAGGCAUGUGUCCCUCUGUUUAUGGGAAAGCCAAGCAGGCAACCAAAGCCCAGAGCUGUGCAACAUGCUUUGGAGUUGUAAGUGGAGGGGUGUACCCUUGCUGUCUGGUACUUUUCUGUUUGCAAUGGUAACACCUUACCUUAACCAUAGCAUCCCUGGGUUGAUGGACAAGAGUGAAUCAGAGUGCUCAUCUCACUUUGCUCUUUGCAGAGUCGGGCAAGUAGGAAGGUGGAGGAUGGCUCUGUUCACUACUCUUGUCGUUCCAACAUGGAAGAGACUCCUAACAUGGACGACAAGAAAACCCCAGGGCCCUGUGGACAUACAGAAAUUUCCAGAAAGGUUGAUGUAAAAUCUUGUCCUAGACCAAAGUACUGGGGACUAUUUCAGUCACUGUGGUGUGACUGAGAUACAAAAAAUACAAAGGUCAAGUCUUUGUAUUUUUCUGGACUGGCUACUCUCUCUGAUCACUCAGAAAGUGAUCUAUUUUUGAUCUAUUACUAAUACUGGUGUGGUAUCUUUUAUACUAUUGAUUUUUAAUUGAUUAGCUAAUUACUAAUGUUUUAGCUAUGACUUCUUGAAACCUAGUGUUUUAGAGGUAAUACAUCAUUAAGAUAAUCAUUAUACAGGGCAAGGCUGGCUGUUGUACCUUACUUUGGAUGCAGUGAAAGAGCAUUCAGCAUCUUCUCUGGAUUGAGGCGUGGGUGAAAGAUGUCACUCAAGCUGAAAUCCACUGAUGAGGUACCCACCCCCUAAAAGUUACUGCCCAGGGCCUCUGGGUGCCCAAGCUCCAGAAGCCUGCUAUAGCAUAGCGCCAACUGCAGAAAACUUUGGAUAAAGAAUACUCAAGAGAGAGAAUGUAUGGACUUAGCUUCAAGACAGUGCCAGGCUGGAACACUGAUGCCGAGUAAGCUCCAAUGAGUAACCGGCAGGCAGCAUUGGAAACCCAGAGCUUGCUUUCUUACUUUUGUUGUUGUUGCGUAGACUUCACCAUUUCUAUCCUGAGAAGCUAAAUAGUGAAAUGGAAAACAGUCCUGACCAGAGAUGGACCCUCUUCAUGAUCUCUACAGAGGAAUAAGAGUCUCAGGAAGUGUAGAUACUUUGUUGGCUAUUAAAGAAUUUGGCUUCCCUUUGUUGUGAGUUUAAGUCCUUAGAAUUUCCUGAAAGGAUGCAGUGUCAUUGUUUCUUGUCUGCUUUGUGCGUCACAGUGGAAUUUAGGUCUAGAGAUGAUGACCAGGAUGGUAGCUAGCCACUACCAGCUUGAUGAUUGAUUACAGAGUUGAGGCCUUGAGCUCAAAGGACCUCUGAAGGGAAGAAUGAAUUGGGGGUUGGGGGGAGGUUGAGGUCAGUCCAAGACCUCUGUGAAUCCUGCCUUCAAAGGACCUAGUGGAACUUCCCUGCAGGUGACUACGUAGCUGUGCUCCAGGCUGAUGCUCUCUUGUCCUGUGAUGGCAGGACAGGGAGGCUCUGUGCUCGAGACCCUUCUAGACCUUGCCCUGUAUGUGUCUUUAUUUGACUGCUUCUGAUUCUUGUUAUUUUGAAUAAAGUUCAAAUCAUAUAUGCA